AUGGCAGAACAGGAGAACCACUAUGGCUUUGACGAGGGCGGAGACGACGACCAGUCCAUUGUGUCGACGCGCGGGCUUGAGGCUUUCAGUCGCAAGGUCACAACCACAGCGACACAUCUGAUCGGCCCCAAUGCCGAAGCUACUGCUCUCCACUAUCAAGCCGCAAUGGCCGAGGUUCAGAAGCAGAUGAAGCGUCCGACGGUCCAGCGAAGCAUGUUCGCAAUGGCAAGGACGACGCCCACCGACAUAAUGCGCUCCAGGCUCUCGACCCACGAGAUCCAGCACCGCGCCCUCACCUAUCUUCCCGACGAGCUUCUUGCCAACAUCCCCGACCAUGAAAACCCUUACUCGCUGUUCCAGGGCUUCCAGGCUAGCUUCCCCGAGCUGACCGAGGAGGGCAAGAAGUUUCGCCGUCGGGUCUCGCGAGGCCGCAAGAUGAUUGAGGAUUCAGACGGUGUGCCGGGAAGCCCUAAGCGGUUGACCCAGCUGAAAAAGGAGAAGGCCGCCAUGAUGCACGAGUUUGGAUUAUUGGGUACCCGCAAGAGCAUGGCGAGCUACGAGAUUCGAGAAAUCGACAACAAGAUCGCCAACCUCCACGGCAUGCGCAGAAUUAUCCUAGAGAGACUGGCUGGGUUGGAGCAAGACGAGGCAAUGCUGGAACACGACAUUUCCGAGAUGGAGGUUCGGGUAGAGGAUGCCCAGGCUCUAGUUGAUGAAGCAGAGGAAAUUGCUAGAAAUACACGAACCAAGGAUGAGCAGGAUCUUGUUGGCGACGCCGAUGACCAUGACCACGAGUUCAUGUCACAAUCCGUCUAUGAAAAGAUUCCAUCUUCAACAGGAAGCACUCCCCGGAAAGCGAAAAAGGUCCUCCGCAAAAAGUCAAUGCCGAUUCUGCACGAGCACUUUGAGCCUGGAACCAGCAUCCGGGAAGUCAGAGCACACAAGGACACUAUCACGGCGGUCGAUUUCGAUGCGCCUUUUGGCACAAUGGUAACGGCUGCACUAGACGACACGGUAAGGGUUUGGGACCUCAACGCCGGCCGAUGUAUGGGUUACUUGGAAGGCCACACAGCAUCGGUACGCGCUCUGCAGGUUGAGGAUAAUAUCUUGGCUACUGGAUCUAUGGACGCAACUAUCAGACUAUGGGAUCUCAGCAAGGCCCACUAUGACCCUCAUGGAGGACUCGGAAAGGACGACGAUGAGGAUGCUAUCGCGUUUGGCACGGACAACCACCUGGAGCCUCCGGACGGCAGCAUGUCCGACUGUCCACUGUACACGCUAGAGGCUCACGUCGACGAGAUUACGGCUCUUCACUUCCGGGGGGACGUCAUGGUUUCCGGUUCUGCAGACAAGACAAUCCGGCACUGGGACCUUGAAAAGGGUCGCUGCGUGCAAACAUUGGAUGUCAUGUGGGCAGCGGCAGCAAGCAUGACUUCUACAGACAACACAUGGAGGCCCACAGGACGAUCUCAGUCAAGUUCCGCCGACUUUGUCGGAGCUCUGCAGGUCUUUGAAACGGCUCUCGCGUGUGGUACAGCCGACGGCAUGGUGCGUCUGUGGGAUCUCCGAAGUGGACAGGUCCAUCGCAGUUUGGUUGGACACACAGGAGCGGUGACUUGCCUGCAGUUUGACGACGUGCACCUGGUGACGGGAAGCAUAGACAGAAGCAUCAGAAUCUGGGACCUCCGAACAGGAUCUAUUUACGACGCGUACGCAUACGACCACCCCGUGACAAGCAUGAUGUUUGACGAACGGCGCAUCGUGAGCGCGGCGUCCGAGGACGUGGUCAAGGUGUACGAUAAGGUGGAGGGACGGCAAUGGGACUGCGGCGCUGGCGUCACGGCGGCCGAGGACGGCAAGUCUCCAGCUAUCGUGGAGCGUGUACGUGUAAGAGACGGUGACAAGGCUAGUCAUAAUGAGGAUGGUUCAAACACCUCAGAUCCAACGGCAGAGGCCAUGAUGCGACUUCUCACGCGGCAAGCUCAUCUGCUCCUCAAGAUUCACAAGAACUUAGCCUCCAGCAACGACACCCACGAAGUCGACGAGAGCCUACUGCAAAGAAGAAUAUCAGAUCUUAUAUCCAUCUCAUUAUCCAAAUUCUACGCUUAUCGCUUUGAUCUAUUACCUGCCGUAUGGCGCGAAAUCUACACAGACGCCCUCAUCCUCGACACCUUUCAACUGAUACUACGUCCUCUCCUAGCGUCACAGUCUGUUCCAGAAGAUAUUCUAGACGUGGUCGUCGAGAAACUCGAUAGGGCUCUCGUCACAGCAGGAGGUGGACGACGCAGUCAAUGGCUCGAAAAGACUCUCCAGCUACUCGAGGAAACUUGGACAGCGAACAAACAGCAUGAGCGACCAGCAAAGCGCCAGAGACGAGAGGCCUCGCCACAGCGUAGCUUCUCUAGCGAGGAGCCAUAUGGAAGGCCAACAAUGUCCUCUGAAAGAGCGUGUCCUCGCUAUUCUGGCUGGUCGAUGGAACAGUUUGAGGACUACAUGAACAGCAACGGAGGAGAACCUCGGCCGAUCGUCUUUACCGACCUGAUUGGGAGCUGGCCUGCACUUACGGAUCGUCCCUGGAAGAGCCCCGAGUAUCUCCUAUCCAAGACGUUUGGCGGAAGACGUCUCGUGCCGGUUGAAGUCGGGAGGAGCUACGUCGACGAAGGCUGGGGCCAGGAACUCACCCAGUUCCGCGAGUUCCUCGCCCGCUAUGUCGAGGUAGAUUCUACAGCAUCUUCAACGACUGGUUAUCUCGCCCAGCAUAACCUCUUUCAGCAGAUCCCCUCUCUCCGAAACGACAUCCGCGUGCCCGACUUUUGUUGGGUUGAUGUGCCUCUUCACCCGACGACACCGUCCAUCGACCAAGCGCCCCUCGACGUUCCUCAGCUCAACGCCUGGUUCGGUCCUGCGCGUACUAUCACGCCUCUGCACACUGAUGGCUAUCAUAACCUGUUAUGCCAGGCCGUCGGGACAAAGUACCUACGUCUCUAUCCUCCACGUGCCACGCCUAUGAUGCGGCCCAGGUCACCAGAACAUGGUGUAGAUAUGAGCAACACAAGCGGGCUAGAUGUAGGCAUCCUGGAAGGAUGGGAUGAAAGACCCGAUGGGGCUAGUGAGGAAGACGUAAGGCGGAUGAAAGAGGAGUUGGAAGGUGUUGAGUACUGGGAGUGCGUGCUUGAGCCGGGCGACACGUUGGUGAUUCCAAUCGGAUGGUGGCAUUAUGUGAAAAGUUUAAGUGUGAGCUUCAGUGUGAGCUUCUGGUGGAACUAG